AAUCAGCUGCUCCUAUUAAUCAAAUUUUUAUACUCUCAGCCAACUAAGUACUUUUUUUUUCCCUCCUAGGAAAAAUUUCAUAGAACUGUAAGUUUUCUUUAAAAAAAAGCCCAUUCAAUUAUUCAAAGGAUUUUAUUUUCAGAUGGAAUCGAAAACUAUCUGGCAUAUCAGACUACCUGAGUUAUAACUCCAAACAUCUAUUGGUCAUGCUGCUGGGAACAGCUUUUUGCAAAUUGGACUACAAGUACCUUACCCUUGCUGUCAGACAACAGGUUCUGAAGGCAAAGUUAUAUACCAGGAUCUCAGAGAUGUUUAUCAAGAUUUAGAAGAAAGCCAAAAGCCAAAAAAAUCAUAAUCACUAACUCAGUUCAAAGAUUGGAGGAGUUUUUUGAGGUAGACUACUUUAGCCUCUUGCUAGAGGAGCUUCAAGAGUUUCAAGACAGGAUCUUUUUUUUCCUGCUACUACCACUCUUGCCAGGCUGGCAACCAUGGGGGAAAAGUCCCAUACUUGCCCUUACUGUGGGAAAGGUUUUCGGCGAAACUCACACCUUACUCGGCAUUUGGCUACCCACUCUGGAUUGCAGCGCCCUUUAGGUGGGAAACGUCUGGGACAGCAGGUACCAGAGGAAGACCGUCCCUUCAGCUGCAGUUACUGUGGGAAGACUUUUGCCCGCAGUGCCCACCUGGCUCGGCAUCAGGAAACUCAUUCUGGGGAGCGACCCUACAAGUGCACCUACUGUGGCAAAGCCUUUGGGCGCAAUUCCCACCUGACCCGCCACCAUAGCACUCAUACUGGAGAGCGCCCCUAUGAAUGUGGUGUCUGCGGCAAAGCUUUCACCCGCAGUGCUCAUGUCACUCGCCACCAAGGAACUCACACUGGAGAACGUCCUUUCCGCUGCACGCGUUGUGGAAAAUGCUUCACCCGCAGUGCCCAUCUCCAGCGCCAUCAGGGCAUCCACAGUGGGGACAAGCCCUUCUCAUGCAGAGACUGUGGAAAGGGGUUCACCCGUUAUGCACAUCUUGAGCGUCACCGUGCUACGCAUUCAGGAGAGAAACCCUUUAAAUGUGCCAGCUGUGGUAAAGGGUUUGGGGCUGCCUCUCACCUUGUAAGACACCAGAAAACUCAUAAAGUUUAACAGCUGGAUUUGUGCCUGCUACCAUCCAACAAGUAUGAGAAUUGGCCAGUAUGAAGUACUUGGGCUUAUCCUUUGACUUUAUAUCUCUUUUCUCCAUUCUAAAAUCUACUUUUAGAGGGAACUGAGUUCAACCCAUUCAAUAAUAUUUACACCUGGCCUGCAGACAAAUUGAGGUACAUUGAGCUUUUGCCGCUUCAGUUCAGCAGCACCUACCCAUAGCAAAAAAAAAAAAAAAACAAUUUUAGAUGGUAAAACAGCAAACUAUUCUAAUUUUUUUCCCUUUGGGAAAAAGAAAUCUUAGAGAUGCCAGUCAUUUGUGGUUUUGUGUGUGCUUUUACUCAGUUAUAUAAAUAAAUGCUGUAUUUAACUCCAUCUUUUCUGGUAAGAACUAUGUCGGACUUAUGCAUUUAUGACUCUCAGGCAAGUGUUUCAAAAUCCCCUGCCUUGUCAUCCAGCAUUAUCUACAUUGCACAGUUAUGAUGAAACAAUCUGAAUCAAUAGAAGCAUCUUUUUGGCAAUUCCCUUGAAAUGUAAUUGGAUAAAUUAUUUCAUCAGCUUUGGAUUUUGAACCUGUGGCCUGAUCAUAUUGUGUUAGAACAACGUGCCAUGCUCACCGAAGAGACUAGCAUUGGAAUAGGGAGUCAUUAUGCCUGCAUCUUAAGUUCUUCAGUAGCCUGUAGCAGCAGAAGGAAAUUUUGUUGAAUCUGAAGCCAAUUCUAAAGAUUUGUCUAUCUCUUCCAUGCCUCUCAAGACGUUGAGGCUUGAUUUGCAAUCGUCUAACUACAAGUGGUACCUGCAACACCAUGUUGCAGCAUAGUAUAUUCCUAGACCAUGUAGCCAUAUCAUCUUUCAGAGAUAACUCAACUUAUUUUUCUCUUCAUUUGACCUGUUUCGUUUAAUAGCAUGCUGGAGCUCCUAUUUAUGCUCUAACGUUGAUUUUCUUUUUAAUUUUAUUUUUUGAAGGGAGAAAAUUACUGCCUUUGGAUUUUCCAAUUAUUUUUCUAUGUUUUUGCAAAUUUUGGUAUUGGGACAUGCUGAUAACUUGCCUCUUAUUUCUCAGUAGCCCUAUUUGGGUUACAUAGCCAUUAUAAAUGUACAUGUUUUACCAGAAAUAUUGAUAAUUAUUCAUAUCCAGUACUAGAUAUCUUUUGUGGGAGAAGUAAAGAAUAGACCAAGACUUUUAUCAAGUGAAACUGCAAUGUGAAACUACAAAAAUUUCAAGACUUUUCCAUUGGAGUAUAUAGUUUUUACAUCUUACUUGUCUUGCAUCUCCCAAUCCUCCAACUUUAGAGAAUCGGAACUAUUUUUCUUUUUUAUAAAUAAUAAUAAUUGCUAGCAAAGUUACACUGAUAAAUUUUCUUGCCUAACAACAGUGUGUUCUAGUAUCGGUAAAUAAAUUAGACUCAAAUUCAACAAAUCAAAUUGUUGAAAAACAUACUGUAAUUUUUAGUUUAUUUAAACUCCCAUUUUUAAUGGAAAAGAAAAUUUUAAAUAAUUGCUGUCUCAACAGAAAGGGAACUGUAGAAGAAAUGUAUGGAGACAGCUGGAACCUUUAUCAGAAAUUUAAAGUAUAACUCUGAAUGUCCUGCUGUUCUGAAGUGCAUCAGAAGACUAGAAGAGGCAGCAGGUAGUUUUUUUUAUCUGGAAUUCCAGAUAAACUAUGGUUAUCCAAACUUGCUAAGCUAUCACAGCAAUUUAUUGUCUAUUGCUGAUUUCCGUCUGCCUCUUGAUAUGUGGUUCUUUGUGGAAGUGGGAUUCCCAGAAUGUUUAAAAGCUCUGAUCAUGCAAGAACCUGAUGAUUUUCUUACAUCAAGGAUGCUUGUACAGAGUGCUGACUAUGCCAAUGAUUUGAGUUAUACAUGGCAUUUGGAUCCGUAAACAGCUAUAGGCAACUUGUAUGGACUGGUAAUAACUUGGGCUGCUUGAAACCAGAAAAAUUCAGCAGUAAGACUGAAGUUAUGCAGCGAAACUGUCAAAAAGGAUUUCCAAAAAAGAAACAAAUAAUAGAUGGGAAUAAUUAGAAAUAAGAACUAAUCACAACUUGCAAAAUAUACAUGAUUUUACUUGAUUGCCAAAUAAGCAGGGCUUUUAGCCGAAGUGAAUUAUAUUUGAAGGAGCCUUAUACAAGAUAUGGUCAGCUAUUCUGAAUUCAUUCUAGUUACCAGAUGGAGGAAUCAUUUCCUGUAUAUUCCAGCACUUCUUUGAUGAUUAUCUUGCUCCAGCAUUAGAAAAAACAUUUUUGAACAUUUUAAUCAAGGAUUAACUGUGAUUGCCAUUCCUCCAUGCUAUUGCAAAUCUUUGUAUUCAACUUAAAUUCCAUAUACACUACAUUAAUUCUGUAAUACACCAGCUCUUUCUUCAGAAUAUGAAAAGCAAAUGGCAGUACAUUUUCUUUUAAUUUUCUAUGAUUUGAAAGCUGCAUUAAGUUGGACAUUUGUUUUUCUUUCUUUCAAGUUGAUAGAACAGACACUACUUUAUUUGCAUAGUAUUCUAUGUUGUAAAAAUGUGUGAUCAUUGGUUGCUUUUUAGCAUUCCAGGAGGCAGCAGUUGCUGAACUGUCUUGAGAUAUUCUCAAGAACUUUACUAAGACAGGGAAACACUUCCUCUCGCAUUGGUGGGGACUACCCCAAAGAUGCAUUUUCAAGAGGCAACUGGACUUUCUUGUUUUUCUUUGAAGAUAUUUUUGUUUCACAUCCAAGAAGCUUCUUGAGCUUUGGGGGGAAUAUUUGUUUUGCUAAAGUUGGAGCUGGUCAAUUUAAAGAAUAUAAGUCAAGAAUUUCCAGUCUUGCUCUAGUAAAUGACAAUGAUAUUUUUUUCCAAAUUGGGAUUCAAUUUAUUUUAUUGUUGAUAGCUCCUAUUAAGCUACUGUAAUAUGCCUGGUUUCACAUAUUGCAGUAAGUCAUUAUAGCUCUUUUGUUUAUUCAGGAGAGGUAAACAUGUUGCAUGAAGCCAACCAUUGUGAUUUGUAAAUUAUGGUUUAUAGUGUAAUAUGUGCAAAUUGUCAGGUAUAGUUCAGUAAAGCAUCAUUAAACAACCGUGGCAUAAUGGAGUCUGUGAGGCUAGCCAUUGCCUCCCAUUAAACAUUGAGCUUAGGAAUGGAGUAGAAAGUUACUUACAUGUAAUUCAAUCUGAUCAUAGGCAAUUUUUUAUCUUCUCCAUUUUAUUCAUUCUAGAACUGCAUAGAAGAAUCCAAAUCUCUCUGUCAAAAUGUGACUGUGUGCAGUUUGUGUUUUAGAAUCUUAACAUCAGUAGGGCAAGUUUGUCACAGCUAUCUUAAAUUCCAUGGCUUUCAGUGGCACUAAAAUCCCAAUCAGAUAUUCUUCAAAUAAUGUUGGCUUAUACUUAUGUAAUCCUCCAGCUUGCAAAGAUUAUACAGGCUAGAAGACUCAGCACCCCUGAAGGAUAUUUACUGAGAAUAGCUGAACUGGAAAAACUUUUGACAGAUUGACUACUAUCAUUAUUCCAUUAAACCCUUUUCCUGAUAUAGCUUAGCCAUGCCCCAUAUUAUGGAUGUAGAUUUCUGCUUAAAAAACAACAGUUGUUAAAACUUUAGUCAGCAUAUUGAUGGCACAGAAGAGAAAUGCAAGUAGUCUUCACUUAACAACCACAACUGGGACCAGCAAUUUUAUUAUUAGGUAAGACAGUCAAGUGAGAUAUUAUGUCACUACAACUUUUGCUUUUAUUGCCAACUUCUCCAUUGACUGUGUUUAUCAGAAGUUACCUGUGAAGUGUGCAAAUGGCAAUCACAUGACAGUUGUAAAUGCCAACCGGUUGUGAGGCACUU